AUAAACGUAACAAGCCUUUGCUAACAACUUCAAGCAGUCCUUUCGGAGCCUGUCAGCGGUGUGUCGCCUGGCUGUGCUGCUUCUUCCUCUGGCCUGACAACUGGAAACAUGCUGUCCUUUGCUCUGAGACAACUCACACGGCCACUGUGCCAUCGAGCCCCACUUCGUCUCAGCGUGCGUGGCCAGCAGUCCCACGCCGCCACCCGCACAGUGGAUGAAGAUCGUCCAUGGACGGGCCAGGAAAGCCUGGCUCAGGAUGACCCCGAGAUGUGGAAUCUGCUGCAAAAGGAGAAGGACAGGCAGAGUCGUGGCUUGGAGCUCAUUGCAUCUGAGAAUUUCUGCAGUCGAGCAGCUCUGGAAGCUCUGGGUUCCUGUCUGAACAACAAAUACUCUGAAGGCUACCCAGGGAGAAGAUACUAUGGUGGAGCAGAAGUGGUCGACCAAAUUGAGCUGCUGUGUCAGAAACGAGCCCUGGAGGCCUUUGACCUGGACCCAGCUCUGUGGGGUGUCAACGUCCAGCCAUACUCCGGCUCCCCCGCCAACUUUGCUGUCUACACCGCUGUACUGAACCCCCAUGACCGCAUCAUGGGCCUGGACCUACCCGACGGAGGACAUCUGACCCAUGGCUACAUGUCUGAUGUGAAGAGGAUCUCAGCGACCUCAAUCUAUUUUGAGUCUAUGCCUUACAAGCUAAAUACUGCAACAGGACUUAUAGACUACGACCAGAUGGAGAUGACGGCCAAGCUGUUCCGGCCCAAGCUUAUCAUCGCUGGCACCAGCGCCUAUGCCCGCCUCAUUGACUAUGCCCGCAUCAAGAAGCUGUGUACCGACAUCAAGGCCUACUUGUUAGCUGACAUGGCCCAUAUCAGUGGCUUGGUGGCAGGCAAAGCCGUCCCCUCUCCCUUUGAAUAUGCUGACCUGGUCAGCUCCACCACACACAAAUCCCUCAGAGGAGCCAGGGCUGGCCUCAUCUUCUACCGUAAGGGUGUUCGCUCAGUGGACAAGAAGGGGAAAGAGAUCAUGUACGACCUUGAGGACAAGGUCAACUUCUCUGUCUUCCCCUCCCUGCAGGGCGGACCUCAUAACCAUGCCAUUGCUGGUGUGGCUGUGGCACUCAAACAGGCACAGUCUCCCAUGUUCAAGGAGUACAUCACCCAGGUACUAAAGAACGCCAAGGCCAUGGCUACAGCUCUCCUCGGCAAAGGCUACACCCUGGUAUCAGGCGGGACCGACAACCACCUGGUCCUGGUGGACCUGCGGCCUAAGGGCAUUGACGGGGCUCGGGCCGAGAGGGUGCUGGAGCUUGUGUCAAUCACUGCCAAUAAGAACACCUGCCCCGGGGACAAGAGCGCCCUGACUCCUGGUGGCCUCAGGCUAGGUGCCCCAGCCCUGACCUCCAGACAGUUCAAAGAAGCUGACUUUGUGCAAGUUGUCGAGUUCAUGGACGAGGGCUUCAAGAUUGCCUUGGAUGUCAAGAAAAAGACAGCAAAGCUCCAGGACUUCAAGAACUUCCUUCUUCAGGACCCAGAGACUGUGGCUCGGAUUGCUGAACUGCGCCACCGCGUUGAAGCUUUUGCCAGGCCCUUCCCCAUGCCAGGCUUCCACGACCAUUAGGCAAGCCAAUAUAGAGUCAGGGGGCCGUAACAGCCAGGUGGCAGAAAGCUGGCUGGGCUGCAGUGUUUCGAGGAGAGGGGAAAAACGUUGUGGUAGUGAAAGGCAGUUUGUGCCUGUGAAUUGGGAUGACUUCUUCAGUUCCCUUUAUUUUCCCAUCUGAUUUGGGAAACCACCUUUUUUAUACUUCUUUGCAGUCAUCCAUCAAUCUAUUCUUGUAAAAACAAGACCUCCGCAUUGAGGUAGAGAAACAAUAAACUUGACAGAUUUUGUAGAGUCAAAGAACCUAUUUUCUAACAUAUGUGUAAAGAUCUUUCUCAGUUUUUCACACCAUUUCUUUAAUGUGGCUGUGUCAGGAAAAAAUAACAUGUUCAUAAUUCAAACAACCUGUCUAACUAUGACCAACAACCUUUGGUGUCACGGACUCUGACUUGAUUAGUGUAUAAUUAGUUAUUAUAAUUAGAAACACAGAAGAGUCUUAAUGCUGAAAAGAGUCUUAACUAAUGUCACUAGUGCUGAUUAUUAUAGUCACUAUGGAGAUGUGUGCACGAUAGCUUGCUAUUGUUAUUUUCCAUUUAUUAAACCAGGUACACAAGGAGGCUUUGUGACGUGAAGGUGUUUAAGUGUUUUACCAUAAGAUGUUGUGUUGGGUGAAAUUUUGUUAAAAAUCCAAAAUGAACCCAAAAUGUUUCAGAAUGUCAUUUUUGAAAAUUACAUUAUACAGGAGGUGGACUAAAUAAUUUUGAUAGUAUAGUCCAAUAAAGCAACACUACAAACUGUAGUUACAGAUGUGUUUGUGUGUGUAAAAACACAUUUCAUCAAACAUUGUAAGAUUUAAAAAGUUGUAUUUAAUGGGGAUUUGUUUAAGAUUAUAUUACAAUAAAAAUAUCCACCUCACGUAAAAAUCUAUUUUUGAAAGUUAGCUUCUUUUUACGCUGUUGUGAUUGCAUUGUCUUUUUCCUUCUAGCAUAUCACUGAUGCCAGAUUUCGAAUUGCGUUAUUUUUUGUUAUGACAGAUAACCAAAUGGAAUAACAGAAAUGUCAUCCUGGAUUAUUUCAUACUUUCCUUUUAAGUGCGUUUACAAAGAGUAUAUACUUUUCUAUAUAUUAUUUAAAAAGAGUUGACUAUGUAACUGCCAUCUUGUCACAUAUAUCUUAAGGUUUCCAAUACCAGCUGAUUUGUUGUACUCGAAGAAAGGCAAUCUGUCAAGCAGUCUGCCUGAUUUAAGUGUCAUUUAUUUCACCAGUGAUGGAAACUGUGAAGCAGCGUGAUUUGAUCAAACAUUUUGAGAGUAUUGUGUUGUCUAUCUGGUUCACAGAUUGGAACUGUUGUCAUUAUCACUGCAUCAGUGAGGAAGCAAGAUUUUCUGUUUGUGAAAUGGUCUUACAGCACAAUCGAGAAAAGGGUGUCAGAAAUGGUGUAGUUACUUUCUUACUUUGCACAAAACACAGUUUCUAAAGUGAACCAAAUCAUACAUCCACGAGUUAUUGCCAGCCAAUAGACUAGACUUUGCCAAAAUAUACCAACAAGUAUUUUACUACAAUGUUUAUGAAUCUACUUUUUUUUCUGUUAUCAUCUCUGAUAUGUUGCCAGCAUUGUACAUCAACACAAGUUUGAACUAACUUUCUUUUACAGAACCUUUUUAUUAAAUAACAUUUAAGUAGUAUUAGCUGACUCGUAAUAAAAUACAAUAAUGCAAA